GAGCUUCAGAAUGGCACAAAGAACACUAGUGAGGCCAAUUGGCCUUGCAUUGAACUCUGCUCGUACACAGCAGUUUGUUCGUCCCUUCAGCACAGUCCUGGACACACCAAUUGAUCCCAAAACCCAACAAGUUACCCCACCGACAGCCCGGAAAUCAUUGGUAUUCGAAGACGCUGUCAAUGCUGCUGGACCCAGAACCAAUUGGACAAGAGAGGAGAUCGCGGAGAUUUACAACACUCCACUGAUCAAACUGACCUAUGCGGCGGCUUCAGUACACCAGCGCUUCCAUGACCCAGCUGCUAUUCAGAUGUGCACUCUGAUGAACAUCAAGACUGGUGGUUGUAGCGAAGAUUGCUCAUACUGCGCACAAUCUAGCAGAUACGACACAGGUCUGAAGGCCACUAAGCUCUCAUCUGUUGAGUCUGUGUUGGAAGCUGCUCGUGUCGCCAAAGAGAAUGGCAGCUCGAGAUUCUGUAUGGGAGCUGCAUGGCGUGACAUGAGAGGCCGCAAGACAAACUUGAAGAACAUCAAGGCCAUGAUCACGGGCGUUAGAGAGAUGGGCAUGGAGGCGUGCGUUACGCUCGGUAUGGUCGAUGCUGAGCAGGCGAAAGAGCUGAAGCAGGCUGGUCUGACAGCGUACAACCACAACGUUGACACCAGCCGUGAGCACUACCCAAGUGUCAUCACAACACGAACAUACGAUGAGCGCCUCAAGACCAUCCAAAACGUCCAAGAAGCCGGUAUCCACGUCUGCACCGGAGGUAUUCUUGGUCUCGGCGAGAAGGCCAAGGAUCACGUUGGCCUUGUUCACACCGUUGCCACACUUCCUGCACACCCUGAGUCGUUCCCUGUCAACGCGCUAGUACCAAUCAAAGGCACACCACUCGGCGAAACUCAAUCAGUUUCCUUCGAUGCCAUUCUCCGUACUAUUGCGACUGCACGACUGGUCAUGCCUAAGACAAUCAUUCGUCUCGCAGCUGGUCGUCAUACCAUGCGCGAGGAGAAGCAGAUCAUGUGCUUCCAGGCUGGUGCGAACGCCAUCUUCACUGGUGAGAAGAUGCUUACCACUGCCUGCAACGGUUGGGAAGAGGACAAGGCUAUGUUUGCACGAUGGGGCUUGAGGCCGAUGGCCAUGGAGGAGACCAUUGGAGAGGUGAGCAAGGCCGAGAAUGUUGUUGUUGAGGCAGUGAAGGAGGCAGAGCAAGCUUCUGCUACUGCAUAGAUCUACAAGUCUUAGUAUUGAAGCUAGAGACGGCUACAGGAUAUAAAG